UGUGUAUUUCACCUUCAGGAACCAGUGCCAGUGAUGCGCAUUUCCAGGCGUAUCUUCUGGAAGGGCUGAUGCGCUGGAAUGACGACCGGAUGGAGGACGCCGUAAAGGGAGCACCUUCCAUCCGCUCCUACAGCAGUGCUCUCAGAGAGGCGGUGGACCAGCUCAGCCAAAAGGUGCUAGGGAGAUGCUGGGAUGAGCGCUAUCGCACCCCUGGAGCAUACACAGGUGGAGUACUUGUACAGCCAGACCGGCAAGGAACUGACGCCAGUGCUCCAGAACCCAGAGGAGGAGGACAGGCUGGUGGAGGAAGUCAAUGAUGAGGACUUCCAAGAUGAGGGCUUUGUUGAAGAGAGCAUGGAGGACAUCACAGUUCCGGUGCUGUAUGAGGAUGACCCCUCCCGUGCUCUGCAGAGCAGGCCCUCAUCGUUAACGAGUCCUCAGGCCUCUCCUCCUCCUCCGCCGUCUCCACCUCAGCCUUCUUCUCCUCCACCUUCUUCGCAUCUGCCUUCCCCACCUCCGCCCUCUCCUCCUCCUCCUCAGGCCCCUGCAUCACCUGCUGAUGUGCCGUCCAGCAGUAUGUCUGACGAGGCUCGAGUGAUUGGACCGGAUGGGAUCGCUGGGUGGGACAAAGUCCAGGAUCUCGCUGUUUACCUGGGUGGAUCUCCGUGA